UGGGCGUUAAAACCCAAUCCCGAACCAAGCCGAUCGCACAGUUUAGUCCGAGACGUAGACGCGUGCGCACCGCCGUUGUUCCUGGUUUAUGUCGGCUAACGAAAUGGCGUUUGUGAAAAUUUGCAUAUUUGCUUUGGCUCUGGCCGUGGGUUUGACCGCCACCUUUGCCCAGGAGCAGCGCGGAGGCUUCCGCGGCAGCAACAGCCAGUUCCGCGUGGGUCCCGGCCAUCCGCCCUCCCAGCGGCACCUGCCGCCCCGGAACCGCGAUCCCGUCCAGGAGGCCUCCGUGGUGCCCAAGAGCAAGCAGUCCGAUAAGGAGAAGGAGUACGAGCCCACCGAGGAGUGCCCCGAGCCCAAUGGCUUCUAUCCGGACAGCAAACAGUGCGACAAGUACUACGCCUGCCUGGACGGUGUGCCCACAGAGCGGCUCUGCGCCGAUGGCAUGGUCUUCAACGACUACUCGCCCAUCGAGGAGAAGUGCGACCUGCCCUACAACAUUGACUGCAUGAAGCGGAGCAAGCUGCAAACGCCGCAACCUUCGCUCCACUGUCCCCGGAAGAACGGCUACUUUGGCCACGAGAAGCCCGGCAUCUGCGACAAGUUCUACUUCUGCGUGGACGGCCAGUUCAACAUGAUCACCUGCCCGGCGGGCCUGGUCUUCAAUCCCAAGACUGGCAUCUGCGGCUGGCCUGACCAGGUGGGUGUCACCGGCUGCAAGUCGGAGGACGUCUUCGACUUCGAGUGCCCCAAGGUCAACGAGAGCAUCGCGGUGACCCAUCCGCGCUACGCCGAUCCCAACGACUGCCAGUUCUUCUACGUCUGCGUCAACGGAGAUCUCCCCAGGCGCAAUGGCUGCAAGCUGGGACAGGCCUUCGACGAGGAGAAGGAGACAUGCGACUGGGCACGCAAGGUUCCCGACUGUGCCGACUGGUACAAGGACCGCCUGACUGACAAGGAGCUGGACGAGCUGGAGAACCCGAAGCCCAAGACGACGACCACCAAGAGGCCACCCCGCAUCCGUGGCCAGCUGCGACGCAAGCCGCAGCCGAAGAAGGUGGAGCCGGAGGAGGAGGAGGAGGAGGCCUGAUCCCCGACUGCCUUAGUCUUAAGUGAAUCCCCGCUGAUUGUCACCAUUAAAGGCGUGCCGGAGGUCUAA